AUGGAAGGAUGCUGGCUACUAUAUCCUGCAAUUGUAUCCUUUUUUAUGACAGCAAUCACCUAUCCACUUGGCGCCGGGAAGUAUCUAGGCGGUGAGUUCAUUCUAUCAAUAGUCGCUGCUACCCUUCCUGUUCCAUCUGGAAUAUUUAUGCCAGUUUUUGUACUAGGAGGAGCAUUCGGCCGAAUGACAGGCGAGCUUCUUCGAUUGUAUUAUCCACCCGUGACCAUAGCUGGAGUUACUCCAUGUGAUUCAUCCUGGUGUCUACGCAGUCGAGCAGCGGCGUUCUGUGGCGCUGUUACUCAUACUGUCUCGGUGGCUGUGAUUGUAUUCGAACUCACUGGACAACUCGUACUACUUAUUCCUGUAAUGGUAGGAGCACCUACUGUAAUUCGCUUUUGUGACAUCAAGUGA